AUGACCCAGAAGGAAUAUAAGCAAGAGCUGGGGCCUCCAUUUGCCGUCAUAAAAUUCUCCUGUCACAGCCUUCUAGACCCUACUCAGCAGGGCUUCAUGCGUAUUUAUAUGCAGAUCCCUCUUGACGGUACCUUUUCUAGCGCUCUGGAAGUCCGAGCUCGGCAGGCUGUCAGCCAGCGCACCCACAUGGAGCUCACAGCGCUUGCGACUCUCGAUCGUGAAAACUGCACGGUAGUACCGAAAUUGCUUGGCUAUGGGGAAGGGUUGCAAGGUGCCGAAGAAUACGUGCCUGGUGGCUACAUCAACUACGUUGUGUGGGAACGGGUGCCUGGUGAGCCGGUCGAUUACUAUUCCUUCUGGAAAAGCGACUUUGAACACCGCCAGCAAGUGCGUUUCGCCUUCCAGCUACCUAUACUAAUACAACGAAGAGAACUUAGUAGGUGUUCCUGGCGUCCUGGCCUUACCCCAACGAGAAAGCUUAUCUACAAUGAUGUUACCAAGGUUAUGCACAUUUCCGGUUUCCGCGCUCCCUAUCGAGUGGACACUCAGCCAUUCUCAGACAUAACUUACGCGAUAUGGGGAUUGGCAAAGCCAUCUGACAGGAUGUACUGGGACCUUGAUAGCUCGGGCUGGACCUGGUAA